GCUCAAUAUAAAGGCACCAUAGACUAUCUGCUUGUAGAUUCUACCUAAAGCACUUGCAGAGUUCAUCCGGAGACUUGGAGUGCUUUGGAAUCCACACGUUGUACAAUGAAGGGCUUUCUGGCUUUCCUUCUUGCAACGAGCAUCAUAGUGGCACUGGGUGAUGCGUACUGUUUUCAGAAAAUAAACAGGCCAGGGGAAUCUGACGAAGGCUGUAUCCUGGAUGGAAAACUAUACCCCUUUGGAGAAAUCUCAAGGACAGAAAAUUGCUACAGAUGCAGCUGUAGCAGAGAUGCAAUGCGUUGCUGCACCCUCUUUCAUACUCCUGUUGGUUACAACAAAGAGAAAUGUAAAGUAGUCUUCAACAAGGAAAGCUGCAAUUAUGAUGUGGUGCAGAAGGAUGACCCCUCAAAGGAGUGUUUUGUCUAUUCUCGUGUGGGUUAACAACAGACCUGCUCCAACCUCUCCGCGUUGUGGAGUUUCUUCCUUUCCUACAGAUGCUUUGCCACGAGAGAGAUGUUCUAAGACAUGGGAGAUCUUCUAAGGGAGAGUACUUCAGCAGCUUACUUUUAAUCUCCUAAUUAUCUAUCUGGUAUACUGAGUUAGAAGAAUCAGAUACAAUGUGUCAUUUCUGUUAUUACUGGCAUUGGCAUCACUGAGCUUUGUUAAGUAAAAUAAAUCCAGAGAAAGCCCAACCCAGAA